AUGGAGAAACAUCAGAUGCACGUGGCUUUUCAAGAGGAUGUGAACAAGAAGAGUGGUUUCCGAACCGCUUCCACGCGCGAUGAUGCACCGACCCGGGAAACUCCCGCAGAGAAGGAGGGCAUGUUCAAGGAGUCAAAGCAGGAUGCCAGGAUUCAAGAGCAGCACAAGAGGCGAAAGCGGGCGAGCGUGUUGCUCUUGAGGUUCCUGGAGUCGAAUGGCUUCAAGGACCAUGUGAAUUGCAAGAAGUCUUGGUGCCUGGGGUUCAAGUACACCUAUCCCCUGCAUGAGGCUGCAAAGCAGAAUGACAGGGACGUGGUUACGUGGCUGCUGCGCUUCGGAGCUGACCCCGGAAAACGGGAUGCCGCGGGCAGGACGGCGUUGAACUCCAUCAAGGACUUGCCGUCGCAUUGCGAGGUGCGCCACAUCUUGGAGCGUCCGAAAGGUCGGUGGCAGCUGCGCGGCUUUGAGCAUUUUUUUUCGGAGGUCCAGCGGGUUGAUCCACUGGCACAUGGUUGA